GCUGACAACAUGGUCGUGGUGAAGAUUACGGAAGAUAUCAAAGUCGGUGGCGACAAUCCGUGUUUUAUUAUAGCAGAAGUCGGACAAAAUCAUCAAGGUGACAUUGAAAUUGCGAAAAAAUUGAUAAAAGCAGCCAAGGAUUCGGGUGCGAGUUGUGUUAAAUUUCAAAAGACAUGUCUCAAAGAAAAGUUCACAUCGAAGUAUUUGGAAAGACCAUAUGACAAUCCCAAUUCAUGGGGUAAAACUUACGGCGACCAUAAGAAGCAUCUAGAAUUCACAGAGGCGCAGUACAGAGAAUUGUUUAAAUAUGCGCAGGAGAUCGGUAUACUGUUCACCGCAUCGGCAAUGGAUAUGGUAUCAUUCGACUUUCUUGUCAACAUCAAAGUACCCUUUAUCAAGAUAAGUUCAGGAGACUCGAACAAUUCGUUGUUCUUGAAAUACGCCGCGUCGAAGAAGGUCCCCUUGAUUAUAUCAACAGGAAUGGUGGAUAAAAAGGCCGUCAAAACUAUUUACGACAUAAUAUCGGCUGAACACAAGCAGUUCUGUCUCCUGCACUGCAUCUCUGCAUACCCCGUGCCUUUCGAGGACUGCAACUUGACAGUUCUCCAAGACUACAUGAACUCCUUUGACGUACCGGUGGGGUAUUCCGGACAAGAACUCGGCACCGCAGUGGCACUGGGCGCUGUCGCACUGGGCGCUAAGGUGUUGGAGAAGCAUAUAACACUAGACAAGUCGAUGAAGGGCACAGACCACGUGUGCUCGCUCACCCCCACAGAGUUCCAGCAGCUGGUGCGCGACGUCAGAGUCAUAGAAGCGGCCUUAGGGAAUCCCAUUAAGAAAGUUGUCACUUCAGAAAUACCGUGCAUUGACAAACUUCAAAAGUCGUUAGUUAUGGGCAGCACGAAAAACAAGGGUGAAAUCUUAUAUCCAGGCGACGUUAAGAUAAAAGUGGCUGAACCUAAAGGAUUGAACGCGUUGCAUUUCGAAGAGGUUAUUUACAAGACUCUAGUAUAUGAUAAGAAGGAAGACGAACCUCUCAAUGAAGGAGAUUUCUGUUAAUUUCAAGUACAAAUUAAUAUUAAAAAUAUACAAAGAAAUAUGCAGCAAAAUACAACGAAUUAAUUUAGAUUA